AGUAGUUUACAAAACGAAAUGAGCGAAACAUUAAAAGGCUCAAGAUUUAGAUGGUUAAAUGAAUUAUUAUAUGUAUCACACAGCAAAGAAGCAUUUAAAGAAUUUUCACAAGAUAGAUCAUUAUUCGACCAGUAUCACAGCGGAUUUAAAUCACAAGUACAAUCAUGGCCAAUUAAUCCAUUAGAUAUUAUUAUUGAAGAGUUAAAAUCAAUUAAACAAAGAAAAAAAAUUGCAGAUCUUGGAUGCGGUGAAGCACAAUUAGCAGAGAAACUAGGCAAACAACAUGAAGUACAAUCAUUCGAUUUGGUUGCAGUUAAUGAAAGAGUUACAGCAUGCGAUGUCUCAAAUUUACCAUUAAAAGAUGAAUCCAUUGAUAUAACUGUAUUUUGUUUAUCACUAAUGGGCACUAAUUUCAUGGAUUUUUUAAAUGAAGCCAAAAGAAUUCUCAUUAGUAAUGGCACUUUAAAAAUUGCAGAAAUCGAAUCUAGAAUUACAAAUAUCAAAGUGUUUAUCGAAGAAGUAGAAAAGUUAGGUUUUAAAUUAGUAAAAAAGAAUGAAAAAAAUGAAUAUUUCACUUUAUUUGAAUUUACAAAAAUA